AGCACGUGCAUGAUACGUACAGACAGCUAAUCACAAGCUAACUCGAAGCGAUUUGGUUUGCAGCGCUGAAACCCGUUAAAGUCACAUCCAAGUGAGACAUUUCCGUUGUUUUUAUUCUUCGGAGAACCCCGUAAGAGACCACAGGUUGUUUCACAGACUUCCGCCUGCACACGCGUAGGAGAUUCGUCUCGUUUGUAAACAUUGGAAACGCGGACCGUCGUCUCUUCCAGACCCUCCUGUUAGGUCGGGCCUUUUUCCUGCAUCCAAACGGAUAGCUCGGCUCGGCAGCGGUGGAUCACAACAUAGACACCCGUUUUCAGGCAGCGGUGGAUCACAAUAUAGACACCCGUUUUCAGGUGAACACCACUUCCUUUCGUCCAAGGCUGCAUGGGAGCGUGCUCAGCUGUGGCCCAAACCCUGGACAUCAGCUGAUUGUGGAUGUUUACUUCAUGGCAUAAUUGCACCUCUGGGAUUUGACAGACCGGUGCCAGAUGACCAGCGGACAUCACCAUGAAGCCCAUCAGCUAUCAGAGCAUGCCAUCAUCUGUGAAUGGUGGACCUCCAAAUGUGUCACUGGGCCAUCCUUUUAUUACAUCAAAGGUGAUAUACUGCGAGAAAUGUAGAUUUGCAACUAUGGACCCAGUUGUGCUCAAAAAGCACAUGGCAGAGCACAUGGAAACAAGGUUCCAUUGUUUUUAUUGUAACAACAUCUCCUACAGUGAACUGGAGUUGAACGAGCACGUGAAACAACACACCUCCAAAUAUCCAUUUGAAUGUCCUCACUGUGGGCAGGGCUACAUGAGACGGCUGUGUCUUGUGAAACACAUUGACCGUUUGCAUAGUAAAAAUGUAAAUCAAGGACCAGCUAAACCUGGCAUGGUAAAAAGUCCACUAGUCCCCGUUUCUAGUGCCUUAACAAGUGCGCUCACUGCUGAUCCGUCACCACCUCGACCUGUUGCUCGGGUUACAAUACCUACUCCAAUUGCACCUGCUGUUCGAGCGGGAAAGGACGAACAGAGAGGAAAAACACUGGACACAAACUCAUCAUUUGCCACUAAUGGUAGCACAGAACGUGUGUCUAAUUUGAACGGACUCUUUCAGCCUAACAGGGCUUUAACUGUCUCUCUACCAGAGGAAGUGUCCAUCCCUGCUGGUUGCUUGGUGGAACUUGUGGAGGUGAAAACCGUAAACGGGACAAAGGAGCUAAAGUUAAGGCUCAUCUCUCAACAAGAAAAUGAAUCUGUGAUAAAGGACACGCAAACAACAACUUUCCAAAACACACCGUUGGUAAAGCCACCAUCAUCCACACAUCCUGCUUACCCAGUGAGGUCCAUGAGUAUGGGCAUGUGCACAGUCAACAGGAAACAAACGGACACCAAGACCGUGACCAUUGAGCGUUCCUCUGCCUCUUCUGCUGUUCCAGCAAAGAUUCCCAACAGCCUCUCAAACGUAGUGAACAAAGAGAAAAACGCAUUAAAAAGAGCAUCGCCAGAAAUAAUCGACGUGGAGUGCAACUCUGUCCCCCCCAACAAGGUUUCUAAAAACAUCCUCAGUCCUGUGAGGGAAGGAAACGUUGGGAUCCGAGUUACACAAGCAGCCCCCGUGAACCACAGCGCUGCUCCCUCCGGCGUCAUCUCCAGCAGAGUCGGCAGCAGGUUGAAUACAUCACUUCAUCCACACAGCAUGGGCACGAAUGUUCCUCAGAGAGUAGUGAAUGAGAGAAAAAAUCCAGCUUCUGAUAACACCAGGAGUACCUUAUUAAGGAGGUUGUCUGACUCGAACAACAUUCAAGACGUGUCAUCAGCUGUGAAGCUGGAGCCUGGGCAGAUCUGCCCUAAGAGUACCACUGCUGCAAAAGAAGUGAAAGAUGUGUGCUUAAACCGGCAAAGCACACCGACCUGUGGCACCACAAGGUCUCUGGUAACUACUGUUGCUCCUGUGAGACCUCCAGCCACUUUAGUCAAUAAAGGCAACGUGGCAAAUCAGCCUUUUUCUAUUCUAAGAAGAACUCUAAUCAAACCCCUAGCAACACCACCCGUCCUUUCUAAUCACACCAAUUCUAAACCCUCCACAUGUGCUCGGCAAGUCCGAGCUAAUGGCCCAGCAAAAGAAAGAGGUGUGUCAGAACCUGAGAGUUUUCCUGUCAUCUCUUCUGUGUUCUCAUUAAGUGAGCAGCCAGAAGAAGGCCAGGGCUCCAUGCAGCCUUUGGUGAUGGCUCUGAGAGGCAUCGUGAUGGAUAAGACACACAGUCAUGGAUCCUCCACUCAAGAUCACCUCAAGGUUAAGAUCAAAAAUAAUUUGGAAGAACCACACAAGACACCAGAGUCGGGGCAUUCCACUCAGGUGUUCACGAGAAAUGGAUUCCUCAACAGUGACGUGUUACCGACAGGUCUCAAGGGCGAGUCAGUUAAAGUGGAAGAGCACGAUGUUUUGCAGGCUCCUGCACUGACCCAAAACAACAUUCAUGUCAAGGAGGAAAAACAGAGCUUCUCCUCUUCAAAAACAGCAGAGGCUGAAAAUGACAGUCGGCUUCCUGCGUCAAUACCUUCCACGUGUGAGGAACCUGAACCUACUUCUCAGUCAGAGACACCUGCAACUGUAGAUCGUCGACCGCAAGCGGAUCAGAACAAGCAGGACCUCCCCUCAAAGUUCUUGACCAUCUCACUGAAACGGGUUCAGGUUGGAGUGUGGAAAAAAAGCAGGAAGGGACUGAAAGUUAGAGUAUCCAGGUACAAACCUCGGGUCCCUGUGGGCAGUCUGAAUGACUAUAUCGUUAUCUACCCCAUGCCGCUGAAGGAGGACCAGCUGGUGAAACGGCCCGGUCCGAACCAGCCUGUGGUAGUUCUCAAUCAUCCUAAACCUCGAGCCUCCAUACAGAAAAUGAGAGAAGACUCUUUUGCUGACAUGGAAUCCUCUGAAGCGGUUCCAAAGUGCCAAAUUUUGAAAAUGAGGCUCAGUAAAGUGAUGGGACAGAAGUACGAGGUGAUGGGAUGCACUGUCCGAGUCUUUCCAUGAAUGUAUUGUUUACCAGAGGUCAAGAGUGUACAUUUAUGCUAAAAGAAGUAGUGUUGCUUUCAAAAGCUUUCAGAAAUAAUGAGACAAUUAUUAUUUUUAAAGAAAUGUAAGAAUAAAAACAAUACGGACAUUAACAACAUUGUAUAUUCCAUGAAUGUAAACUAGUUUAGCACACAGAAUCCAGGCUCUGGUUGUAAAUUUUGGUAAUACACAGCUUUUAAAUACUGUAUAAUAGCAUGUGUUUCAUUCAAAAGGGUUAGAUUUAAUUUACAUUUCUGUAACUGAUCUGGAGCAUUCAUGCAGCAGUAUGUUAGUACCCGAUGGGCAAAACCAGAUGAUUCAGCAUAAUUAUUAUUCAAAAUCCCUUAAGAUCCCCAAAACGGCUCAAGUUUAAACAACAAAAAUCACACUCCAGGUAUUUUAAUAUUACAGUACUGACAGUAUUCCUAGCUUUAGACGUGAUGUCAUCACAUUGGCAUUUGAGUCAUCUCACUUUGUGAGUUUCAUUCAAAACUCCACAAUUUGAACCCGGUGACCUGGGAUUAGUCUAAAAAAAGGCCCACACAGAUAGAAAACUUCCCACAUGUUGCCAAUUAGAUCACAUUGGUUUAUUGUGUGUGUGUGUGUGUGUGCGUGUGUGUGUGUGUGUGUGUGUGUGUGUGUGUGUAGCAGCUUAUUGGACUGUGUUGUGUUCAGGCGCAUCAUGUAAACCUCUUAUCAUAGAGAGCUUACAUUUUUCACAUAAGCGGGUUCAUUUAUAGAAAUGCACCACAGUGUAACAGCUGCUGUAAGGUGUGAAUAAUGGGUUUAGACACUCCUCUGUUUGCUUUUUACUAUUAUUUUGUCACUUUUGCAUACUUUCACAUUGCUGUGUGUAACUGGUACAAGUUCUGAAGGUUUCUGUCAAUUGAAGUAUGAAGAGAAACUCCGUUGUUUGAACUUGAGUUUUAUGGAGUUUCAGUACUGUUAUUACUCUGUUACAUCUGUUGGUUGCCCGGAAUAUUUUCGUUGUUGCCGGUUGACUGAAUCCACGCUAAUAACUUUAAAUUAAAAACUAAAUGUUAGACUGAGUUACAUAGUGGCAGGGUAUCCGCGGGUCCUUAAAUAGUCUUAAAUUGGCUUUUCCAAAUUUAAGGCCUUAAAAAUCCUUAAAAAUGACAAAUAAUCCUUAAAUACAGUUUCCAAAGGUCUUAAAUGACCAAAGAUCCAAUAAACAAGAUUCUUUUAUUUCUAUAAAAUUUUCGUGAAUUUCUAGUUAGUGUUCAGCAUUUUUUGUGUACGAUGUUGGUGUAAGCAGAACCGUACACAUUCAGUUGGUUGUGAAAGGGGGCUAUUUUUACAUGAGCACAUUAGCUGGUUAAGCUAGUGGGCGCUUGCGCCAUGGGGAAGUGCAAGUUUAACUGGAUGGCUAAUCCCACGUUUGCGAAGCGGUUAGCACCAGUUCCAGGCAAUAGCUGGAAAUUAUAGCUUAAAUUUGGUCAAAGUGGCCUUAAAAAAGGUCUUAAAAAGUCUUAAAUAUGGCUCCCUUAAACCUGCAGAUACCCUGAGUGGGAGCAGUGGAAAUCUGAUCCAAAUGGUGACUUUGCUUGGAGCAACCAAGUUAAAGGGAAAUUUCUAAUCAUAUGUUUUCAUAUAAUUGUCUUAUUUUGUAAUUUUGUUUGAAUCACUGUACAACUUUGUUUUGUAAUUAUUGGAUUAUCAUUCAUUGGAUUGCAUUUAAAUGAUUCGACCUUUGAGCUAUAGAUAUUAUUUAGAAAGUCAUCUUUUACCUUAAAUGCGUCACCUUGCGUUGACGUUCUACUGUCAGUCCAAACACAACAAAGUGUAGCUUAAAAAACAAAUAAGUUUGUUACUGAGCAAUCUCAAGUGGUAUAUAUUUUUUUAAAGGCUCUACGUGUCAGUAUCGAGUUACCCUUGUACUUUGCAGAAUCUUUUCCCAUGGCAGCGCUACAACAGCACGGUGUCCUUGUUAAUAAUAUAAUCAUGUUGUAAAUGGUGCUAGACCUAUCAUUAGUAGGUUUUGGUUGCCUACAGACUUGAUGUACUCACUUUGAUCAUGUUCAGAUUUUAUUGUGUGUAUAUACCUAUAAAUAGAAUUAACUGGCGUCAUCCCAGCCACCUUUAAAACUGCAGUAUCUGAAGCUGCUGUGCAGUCCCUGUUACAUAUUAUUAUUUUAAAGUAUUGGAACAUUUUGUCUGGCCUUUUAGUUACUAUGUUCUUUUGUGAGAGAGUCAUCUUGUCAAUAUAGUUUUAGGUUUUUAUUACAUUUUCAGUGUUAAUUAUGGUGUUCCAUGCUUUUAUAACAAUUGUGUAACGUCUUUUUUCUAUUAAAAACAAGGUCAAAACAUCAA